ACACUCUACAGUUACAGUCUCAUCAGUCGCUCGGUAACUGAUGCCCCUUUAAAGCGACCACUGACGUCAUGUUUUUUGACAGGGGGUGGGCAACGGGAGGAGAAGAAGAAGAAGAAGAAGGGAGCGGAUGUAUCCGGAGAGAAGGAUGACCAGGAUCAUGUCCCCAGCUGUUCCUCGCUCACACAUAUCUGCAACAUGAUGAACGCCGCUCCCGGAGCGCUCGCCCGCAGGAUGCCGUCAGCGGCCCGGCGGAGCGGCUGCUGGAUUGCGUGGUGCCAGGCAAUCCUGCUCGGCGUGUCGGCGCUGGUUAUCGUGGCCGAGCGGAGCGCACUGAUCUACUGUAUAGGAUUCUACCUUUGGAACGAGGAGACGCAGUGGGCGGGCCUCACACUCGGCCUCUUCCUUCCUGGGACAGCAGUCCAGCUGCUAAGUGUGAAGUGGUACUAUGAUGACGGGGAUGAAAGGCGGUGCUACCUCUCCGUCAUACACGUGCUACACUUGGGCAUCUUCAAAAGGUUGUGGGACUGCAUGAGGUCCGUGCUGCACAUGCAGGACUCUGUGGCUGAGCUGGGUGCUGCUGUCAUGCAGCAGGCAGACGUUGCUGCCCUGUGGCUGCUGGAGGCGCUUGUCCUAACGCUGCCUCAGAGCUUGCUGCAGGCAUAUGUGGUCGUGUCUACAGAUGUGGGGAUAAUGUCACCAGUGGCAUAUUGCUGUGGACUAUGCGUGCUGUCCAUUUCCUGGGCCCUGGUGCUGUACAGCCGAGCCUGCUGCCUGAUACGGCCAGGCCACUUGGCCAUGCCACCAGCAGCCCUGCUGUGCCAGCUGGUCUGGAGAGCAGGCAUGUUGGGAGCCCGGGUGACCUGCCUCAUGUUCUUCGCCAGGGUCUUCAACUGGUGGGUCUGCGGAGUAGCAGGUUUUCACUGGCUCACAGCCUCCUUCUGGCUAGUAUCACAGCAGCCCGACAUUUGCACUGGUCACUGGUGCUGGCGUGCCUUUAACGGCAUUCUGGGGCUUAUCCACGUCUUCCUCUUCUUCAACGUCAAAGACGGACCCUCGCGCUUUCGCAUGGCCAGUUUCUAUGCAUUCAUGCUCGUAGAGAAUGUGACUCUGCUGCUGGCCGCGUCCGACUUCCUGAGCGAAGCAUCAUGGGAUAGCAUGACCCUUCCCACCUCUGUGCUGUGCAGCUUUUUCCUUGGAGCCACCUCGCUGGUCCUGUACUACCGGUUCCUCCAUCCCAAGUCCACAGAAAUCUCCCAAGGUACAAACCGACAUCAGAUGGGCAGCACAUGCAUAGAGCAAGGCGAGUCCUCCUUCUCUCUUGGCGACAAAAGUCUGCCAGCGUCUUCUGUCCAGAAUCACGGCAGCUUCUCCCUGUCCGGCGUGGCUGGCUCUCUGCUGGAGCACCCGGGAAACUGUCAAGGCCACUCCAACAGCUCCUGCCCUUGCUUCCACCACCACUGGCUCCUCAUCCGUCUGGCCCUGAAAACCGGCGAUCUCUGUAAAAUCAACAGGGCGUAUGGAGCCGGUGGGCCGGCGGCCAUACUGGACAUGGAGGAGUACAACCAGGAGUUUAAAAGCAACGAGGGCAUCACCUUUACCGCUGGAGGCAGCUGUGAAGGGGUGUCCACCUCCGAGUCCCAGGGAAAGGGCCUGGCUCCGCUCUCAGACUGCAAAGACGAGUUCCAGAGCGUAAGCGAGCCCACGUCGACCGAGCGACCUGAGGGAGAGGACGACAGUCUGGAGAUGGAAAGCCCCAUGGAGUCACCUGCUUCGGAUUUCAAACGCAGCUCCCCGGAGGGCAAGUCCGUUUUCGGAGACAGCCCGGAGCCUUAUUACUGCCCUACUGAAUCAAGUUCCACCUUGUACUUCAGUGCUGAUCCCCAGUCCCCCAGCAGCGCCAGCAACCCCCGUUUGGACCGGGACAUCGGGGGUCUGGAACAGGGGGUCCGGCUCAGCUCCAUCCCCAGUGAUCCUGCCCUGCACAGAGACGUGCGUGGACUCAUGAGCCGCGUCGGGCCACGCUGCACCUCCACUCCUAAGCUGGACUGCGGGGUGUCAGAUUCUCCCCCGAGCGUCCCACAUCUCACAGGUCCAAGGAGGCAGCUCAUACUGUCCCGCAGAGAUGAAGAUAAUACCUUCUAGCUGUCUUGUGGCACAAUCAGGGAACAAGUUAAGAGCAGCAGCUGAUCCAACGUUAACGCAGCACACCAGCUUUAUCAGAGUCGUAGGGGUUAGAGCACUACAUGCAGUAGGGAACCUAAAAUAAUCCUAAAAUAACAUCUAUUUUUCUCUUAACAUUAACCACUCUUAAAAAUGCAUUGCUUCUAAAUGUUGGAAACACAGAAACUAUCUAUGUUUGUUUUUUUUAAAGGAAAAUCUGACAUUCAAGUGACGGUAAUGGUGUAUGAUCACACCACCAGCCCCAGUAUCAGUUCAUAUUUGGACUAUUGUUUGGCAGCUACACUUUGGAAUUAUACUGUGCAAAAAAAAAAAAUUGCUUCCACAUGACUGUGAUUACUUAAUAUGAAAGCAAAAGUAUGCAUUAGAUUUAGAGGUAUCAGAUUAAAGGGGUAUGAUUACAAAUGCACAGCAGACAUUUUUUCAUUUUUAUUUGCAAAAAAAAUAUGUUGGUCUGUCACAUAAAGUUCCAAUGAACUGCAUUAAAAUUUGUGGUUGCAGGAUGACAUAAUGUGAAAAGAUUCAAGGGGUGUGAGUAUUUAUUCAAAUCAUUGUACGUGUUAGUUUGGUUUAAAACAUUUUAUCAUAGGCAGCGACUCUGCUCUGAAACCGCAGCGAAUUUCAGUAAGUCAUACUGAAACAUUCAUAUCACUGCAGCUGUUUGAUGACAGAGUGCAUAGAUCCAGCAGUGAGUGGAGCAUCUGACCUUUGAACCUAUCUCAAUGUAAGCCAUAGCUUUUAUGGCUUCUUAAAAGCAAAACUAUUUUCAGUCUCAUCUGUUUCUGCUGUUGUUUUUUUCUUUCUUUAACGUAAAAAAUAAGACUUCACUACAUACAUGUGAUAUUAAUAAGCUCUGUUUCUCAUGUGGUGUUAAUUGGCAUUGCGUUGAGCAGAAAACUGUGAUGUUUUUUAUCUUUUUUUUUCUGUUACAUGUUGACCAUGUAAUUGUUAAAUAACUUAUUGAACUAACAUUAUGUUGUAAAACAACAAUAACGUCUCAGGCACAAAUUCAUCUACUGUGAGACAAAAUGAAUCAUGUGCUUAUGAGACAUUUGUGGUGACUUUUUUUUAUUUAUUUGCUCUUGAUUGCUCUUUUCAGGUGACAAACUUUUAGUAGAAGCACUGUUGUGAGACAGGAAAGCAGUGUAACAAUGCCUGUGUGGCAUUUUGAAAUAUGACGUCUGAGGCCACUGGUGGCUUGAAAUAAGCAAUAAACAGCCUACAUGUUUGACUGAGUUGA